AUGCGAAUCCUCGAUUGCAGAGUCUUCAAACCGUACUGGGAUCUUCAACACAGGAUCAUUAGAUCGGGACUGGAUGAAGUGUUCCUGGUGGAGAACAAGUUUCUCUUUCUGAUAUCGCUAAUGCUUUGGGGCAUUGGUAAGAAGCUUCUGGACGUAUAACAUCAGGUAAAUACCGAUGCAGAUUAUCACGAAUGUAAAGAAGGUUUGAUUACAACAUGUGUGGAGCAGAAAUCGAGAAUAAUGGAAGAACUUUACAAUAUGAAAAGUACAGAGAACGCUCGGAAGAGCUCACAGCUCCAUCAGAGUCGGCAGAAUUGUGAUGCUUCCACAGGGAAUGCAGGUAAAAAAGAAUUCAGAAGGAAAGGUAAUCUGAAAAUGUUUUCAGCGAACCGUGAACAUGUUGUACGAAAGCCAUGAAGUGUCACAGUUCUACCAGAUUGAUUUCAUCCAUGAUACGUUUUUUGAGUUAUUAAAAUAA